AUGGACACGACCUUGCUUGCUGCUACUUGCCAGAGACUCGCCAGCCUCGAUGACUCGGAUCUCACGUCCCAGAGCUGCUGCGACUUGCACUGGGCCCUGGGCAUCCUCCAGGCUGACGACCGGAUUCUCCAUUCCCUUCGUAACCAUGCAAGUCCGACUCUGGAUGAUCUGGUCGGCGCGCUGCGAGAUGUCGGAGACACCGUUCAUGCCUUGCUGCGAUAUCAGCAAACGGCCUUCGAUCACCAGGUGUUGAACCUGCGGGAGUUUACCAAGGAGAUCAUGGCGCGAUUCGAAAUGCCUCGGGCCACGGAAGCCUUCGGGCCAAGGGCGAAGCGCGCGCUGGAGAUGCGCUAUGGCGUGCUGCAACCUUG